UAAUAACAUUGGUAUGAAGUAACAUUUUUACUUGUUGGGCUAACAAAAUACCAGCCAGGUUGCAACCCUAUGUGGGUCCUAACCCACCUGACUCACAACAUUCUACACCCACCCUUUUACUUCUAAUGGCAGUGGGUAUCUGUCCUUCCUUCCUCCUUAGGCCCCUCUGCUAUUGCCAACCCUUUCUAAGCUUAUUCUGUAUGUAACACAGACAUAGGAAUAUUCUGUAGCCACUAUUCGUUACUUUAUAAAACCCAGUGGGUUUUUAUAGUCUUCCCGGCGAUGUACAUUGUUAUCUACAAGCAGACCAUUAUGUAUUUUCACAUUUCUUUGUUCUUAAAAUAUACAACAUGAACAUGGAUUUUACUGUUAAAUCAAUUCCAGUUAAUUGAAUGCACAUUUCCGCCAGCACUGUGUGUAAUUUGGCACAGACAGCCGCCUGCGCUGCAAGGGGAGCGGUGUUUACUGUAAGCGCCUCGCUAAGUCUGGGAACGGGACACAGGCAGCCAAUAGGACCCCUCUCCCACAGCAUCACGGGACUUUGCCAACCAAUGGGAUAACCAGAUACGAUGUACAUUUUAGGACAUCCUUCCCAAUAUUCCCAUUGUACCACUUGCGCCCACCCCACCCCCGUGUCAGACUCCGUUACGGCCACAUAGUAUAUCUUUCAUAGGGGCGUCUUCCUCAUAGCGCAUUCUCUUCCCUUGCUCCUCCUCAUACUCCGCCUGCCUGGUAGUUCUGCGCUUUCAUCUCCUCCUCUCGCCGUCCCCUUGCCGCUUGUGACAAGCAGAGGGGGGAAGUGAGCAGGAGUUUGGGAAGUCACGUGUCCGCAUUCUCCAAUGGGAGCGAAGCCAUUGGCAUCUCAGACUAAACACAUCGCGAAGCUGUAAGUGAUGGCCGGGGCCGUGAAUUAGCAGAGGGGCCGGUGGGAUAACGUUGUUCUAUAGAGGGAGAAAGGAACAGUGUGACGCCACGAAAGGACCUGGACUGCGAGUGAUAAUGAUGGGAAUGAAGAUUCGUUUUUUCUGUUUGUUUUUUCCUGUUGUCUUUAUUGUUCAUAAAGCUGAACUGGUAAAGUUCUGUGGCGACAUAGUUCCGGACCCCAAUUUUGUGCAUCUUGAAAAGCCAUUCACAGCGCAAUGUAUAAUAAAUGAGACGUGUCUUAAAGAAGAUGCCAGUAGAAUAAUCUGGCGCGUCAAAGGUAUUAAGGUACCAGAAACCCAAUACAAGGUCGUAAACCACACCGUUUCAAGUGUGACCUUUGAGAACCCCGCCACGUUGGUCAGUCCUCUGACAUGCAGUGUCUUGGUAUCUGGACAAGUAGAACAAACACUGUAUGGAAUUUUCUUCACAGUGGCUUUGCCUCCCGAUCAGCCUAAAAACCUGACAUGUGUCGCGUACAACCAAGAUAACCUGACCUGUACUUGGGACCCUGGAAGGCCUACCAAUCUGAACACAAACUACACUCUAAUGCACAGAUGGAAUCCUUUGGCACUGACUGCGGAGAGGGGCUCUGAAUUGGUGCAAAACAAGGUUAAGAGCUUGCCUUCUGCUAGGGCCAGAGGGAGGAAGUGGACUCUUCCCAAACAUGGGUAUACAAAUUCUGAAGGAGACCAGAUGUUCAGGGCAAACAUCCAGAAAAAUUACUGCAUACCCAAAGAAAGCAAUAAUUCCUGUACAGUCCGUUAUCCAGACUUCCAGUUCUUUGUCGACACUACAUUCCAAGUGGAAGCCAAAAAUGAGCUUGGAAGUCAAGAAUCGGAGGUGCUUACGGUGGAUCCUGUCAAUAUAGUCAAACCUAAUCCACCUCAACUUAGUGAUCUGAUCUCUGCCGUGGAGUUGCCAAAUGCGUUGAAAAUCAAAUGGAAGAAUCCAAUAAAUGCUUUUAAACUAAAAUACAACAUCAGAUAUCGGCCCAUUAAAAACCAGGAUUGGGAGAUGGUACCAGAGGAAGACACUGCAUCCCACAGAGAUUCCUUCACUUUGCAAGACUUGCUGCCAUAUACAGAGUAUGAGGUUUCAAUACGCUGCAUCAAGGAAGAUGGACGAGGGUUUUGGAGUGACUGGAGUGAAGUAAAGAAGCAAGUGACACCAGAAGCUCAACCCUCCAGAGGUCCAGAUGUAUGGAAGAAUGUCGACAGUCCUGAUGCAGAUGGAAAUAGAGACGUUACGAUAAUGUGGAAGGCUUUGGGUGACUCUGUAGCCAAUGGCAAAAUUUUGCUGUACGGUGUAACCUUUCAGAGUAGGUCGCAAUCUAAGACUUUCAAUGUGACCGAAACAAGCUACAAGAUAUCCUUAUCAAAGGAAAUCAAUUACGUCAGUGUUACGGCUUACAACAGCAGAUUUGCUUCUCCUCCAGCAAAACUAAAUAUCCCCCGUUCUGGCAGCUGCCAAGUACUUGCUCCAGAGCUCAGUGUUAAAGCCUAUCCCAAGGAGGAGCAGCUAUGGGUUGAGUGGAACCCCCAGAAUAAAAAUUUGGACGGCUAUAUCAUAGAGUGGUGUAAUAAGUAUGCCAAAGAAGGCUGUGACAGUGAUUGGCAGCGUGAGCCGCGCAGUGCACAGAGUACAUUUUUGAGAGGAGAAUUGGAGCCCCUUAAAUGCUAUUUGAUCAAAGUUUACCAACUGUUUAAGGAUGGGUGUGAAAGUGUAGCCGCAGUGGAGGCCUAUCUUCAGCAAGGAACUCCUUCUGUAGGUCCAAGUGUGCAUACUAAACAAGUGGAGAAAUAUAAGGCCAUCUUGCAGUGGACUCCUGUUCCGUUUGAUAAACAGAAUGGGUUCAUCAAGAAUUACACCCUGACAUACAAAGCAAGCCACGGGAAUGAGACUACGCUGGUAAUAGAUCCUUUAGACACUGAAUAUACACUGUCGGGCCUAGAUGGAAACACGCUCUACUCUGUACAUAUGGUGGCAUACACAGAAAAAGGAGGAAAGGAUGGGCCCGUUUUCACAUUCACAACUCUAAAAUUUGCUAAUGGAGAAGUUGAAGCUAUUGUCGUAUCAUCCUGUGUAGCUUUCCUCAUACUUGUGCUUAUUGGCGUCAUGUUGUGUUUCAACCACAGAGAUCUGAUUAAAAAGCACAUUUGGCCGAAUGUUCCAGAUCCUUCGAAGAGCAACAUUGCUCAGUGGUCCCCUCAGACACCAAGCAGGCACGACUUUAAUGCAAAAGCCCACCCAUUUCAAGAUGGAAGUUUUACAGAUGUGAGUGUGGUUGAGAUAACGGCGGAAAACCCGAAGUCUUUCUCUGAGCAGGAUAUUAAGUCCAUGGAUCCAAUGAAAAAGAACACGUCUGAGGGACUGAGCAGUGGGAUCGGUGGCUCCUCAUGUAUGUCAUCCCCACGGCUCAGCGUCUCCGACUGUGAUGAGGUGGAAUCAGCCCAAACCACAUCCAGCACCGUGCAGUAUUCCACCGUUAUAAUCAGCGGAUACAGAGACCAGCAGCCCACAGCAGUCAGCCCACAUAUAUUUUCAAGAUCUGAGUCAACGCAGCCACUGCUGGAUUGUGAGGAAAGGCCUGAAGAGCCAAAUGCCGUAGAUAAAGAAGGGAGCCCAGAAGGGGCCAAUCAGUAUUUUAAACAGACUUGUGGUCUGGAGGAUUUUACUAACAAAUUGCAGGACUUGCAUCAGGAAGAGCUUCCCAGCCAUUUACAGGAGCAGCUAUCAGCCUCCGGCCAACAUUUUGGGGAACGAGAAAGGGAUCUCUCCGAGUUUCCUUUAGGACAAAAUGGCCAGUUGGCUGAUUCUCAGUUAGACACAAACAGUGGAGAAUGUAAGAGUUAUUUACCACAAACAGUAAGGAGUGGAGGUUACAUGCCACAGUAGAGCAAGAGAAUGAUAACUUCACCUGUAUUUCAUCUUAUUAUAGAAAUGCUCUGGGAGAGACCUGCCCAGUGCCCUAAUACAGAGGGAAUGUAUGGACUUGUAUACUGUACAGGCAACAGGCACAUGUAUUUAGCAGUGUUACCAAAGCACCUACAAUGGAAUGCUAGCAGGAACCAUACAUCAACAUGCCACAACCGUCAAGGUUCUACGUGGAUGCACCUCGAGUCCUAAUAGUGUAUAAUGUGCAGCCAGAGAGCCAUCUGUAUCUUCUUAUCCGAACUGUGAAUUACCUGGCUGUACCGGGCUUGGCACCAGGUCUUCUCUUGUAAAAAUGUAUGUGCUCUAUGCAGCAUGGCCUGUAUCUAAAUGGCUCAAAGAACUGGUUAUUUAGGAAUGCAAUGACAGCAGCAAACUGGAGCUGUAUCUCCAUGUACUAUAUAUCAUUAUUAGACAAUAAUCAAAGGCAAGGAUUAUGCAGGAUACGGAAAAACAAGGUAUCACACAGGUGUCCAAGAACCAGGAGAAGCAGAGGGGGCAACAUGGGGGCUCAGUGGUUAGCACAGGGGGCCCACGUCCAGUUCCAGCCUGGGCGCUACCUGCAAGCAGUUUGUGUGUUGCCCUCACGUUGGUGUGGAUUUUUUUCCCACACUCCAAAAUCAUACAGGCAGGGUAAUUGGCUCCUAAUAAACAUGCCCUAGGGGGUGUGAAUGUGAUUGCGAUAUUAGAUUGUAAGCUCCACUGCGGCAGGGACUGAUGUGAAUGAUACACAAUCACUGUGUAACCCAUCAGAACUAAAUAAUAACUGAUAUUAUAUUAUACAUUUCACAUUAUCAUGCAGAUUAGCAGCCUAGUUGUGCUGUUGGGCCCACUAUGUGAUAAAUAUAUAUAUUACCCUUGUGCAUUUUGACCAUAGGCCUUAAACGCUCUAAAGCUUAGAAAACAUGGCAUUGAUAGAUAUGUUGGAUUGGGCUUUAGGUUUCUUAUCUCUGCAGGUUUGCAAAGCAUUUUAUUUUUUAUGUUACUUGGCCUUUAAAACAUUAUUCUCAAUGUUUAGUUGCCCUUUCACUUUUAAUACUUUCCCUGUAGCAGUAAAUGGUGCCGGUAUGAGACGAUAUCUCUGUGGAUGGGAUAUGGCAGCAGCUGGUGCCCGCAGUACUGUCAGGCAGCACGGGGGGUGUAUUCCCAAGUGGCAGAGAAAUGACAAAUACUGGGCUCUGGCACUUGAACCCCAAAUACUGACAGCUGUCUCCACUGGCUGAAAUGCAUGGGCAGAGAAUACCCGUGGGGGCAGGUAAGAACCCAAACGUGCCUAAUGCAAAAACACAGCAUUACCUUUUGGCAUGGUAAAUAAAAUGGCCACUGAACAGUCAGCAUUAACAUUUUUGGAAAACUGACACCCAGAAACUUAGAAAUGAGUUUCUGUGGCUGAAU